AUGUCUACAAGGAAAGGGAAAGCAUCGUCACAUAUCACUCACGAAGAUGACAACGAAGACCUGAUUGACGAGAUCAACACAUUUCACAACAACGAUAGAAAGAUCGAGAAGGGUGCUCUUCAUAAAAGAAAAGCGUUUGGACGCCCAGAAGAAGUUCUCAAUGUUGAAGCUGAAGCUUCAGACAGCAGUGAGGAUGAUGGAUCUGACUUUGAUGAUGAUGAUGUCAACGAUAUCACGGAUAACAAAUGGGGAAGGAAAAGAAAAGAUUUUUAUGGCACUGGAUUUGUUGAUAAAGAUUGGGGAGGAAUGCGUGAAGAAGAAAUGGAAGAUGCUCAGCUAGAAGAAGAAGAUGCUUUAACACGGCAGAAACAAAUUGACAAAUCAACUGCAGCUAUCGCUGAAUUGUUCGACGAUGAAGAGGAAGUUGAGAAUGAAAAAGAAGAAACCGUGGAAAUUGAAACUUCUCUUGAGUUCAACGAAGAAAACGCUAAAAAGAAGAACAAAAAAAUUGUGAAAGUUCUGCAACAGUUUGAAGCUAGAAAACGAAUCUUCGAUCUCGUCGUUAAGCCGCUUGAAAAUGUAAUUAAGCAAAUUCCAAAAUGCGCAUUACGAUCACAGUUGGUUUAUGUCGCCCAGACAUACGCUUCGUAUCUCAUGAACACAGCCUUCUAUUUGAAUCUUCGGGCUAAACAACUAUCAAAGGAGAAGCUCGAAGAUCCGCUCGUCGAUAUUCACCCUGUUAAAAUCGUGGAAUGCGAAGAUUUUAUGCAUGCCAAUUCAGAUCAUCUGGAUGAGCUUAAGAAAUGGGCAGAGGCCAAUCCAGAAAAUAUGGAGGAGUUGAUAUCCAAGGUUGGAGAUGUGCAACUCUCCAAGAAGACGUUCGGAGCAUUAAUGAAUAACAAUCACGAAGAUGAAGAAUCAACUAAAAUUUCGUCUGGAAAUCCCUACUUCACUCCUAUGGAUGCGGAUGAAAAACGAAAAGCGACGGACAAAAUUUCCAAAAAUCGUGAAUACGCUGAACGCCGAGGAAAGAAGAAGGCAAAGACUAGCAAGACGAAGAAUCGACGCAAGGUGCACGCUAUCGAAAAACGUGUCAAGUCGCAAAUUGGAAACGUUCGACGCGAAAUGCAGAAAUAUUCUGGAGAAACCAGUGGAAUCCGUGCUUCGACAAUCAAAUCAACCAAGCUCAUUGCCUGA